GAACCCACAAAACCUGUAAACAAAAAAAAAAAAAGCAAAAAGUAAAACGCCUCCUUCCUCUUCUUCCACAGUCUCUCUCUCUCUCUCUGCUUCUUCACCUUCUAGAGGGGGAGAGAAUGGGAGCGAGCGAGUGCUGAUACACACGUCGCCGCAUUAUAGAACCAGACCCUUCUUUUAAUCUCUCCUUUUCAAAUUUCAACUCUCAUUCCAUUUCUUGAUUGAUUGAUUCUCCCUUUUCACUUUCUCACUGAUGAAACUUCUUCGCUUACCUCCCAGGGUAUUCCAUUGGAGAGAAAUCACAAAAAAAGCGAAGAUCAAUUUCUACUAGGUGUUUCAGAGUAAACUAUAAAUUUCCCCAAUUCUCUUCAAAUUAGAGAAGAAGAAAAAAUAUGCUGUGGAUUAUGAGAUUCUCUGGCUUUUUCUCCGCGGCAAUGAUGAUGAUUGUACUCUUUCCUACUCUGCAAUCCUUCCCUCCGAUUGAAUCCUCCCUCAAAUUCUCCUUUCGAAAGGCUCCACCAUUUCGCAAUGCCGAUCAAUGUAAUUACCCAACAUUUGGAAAAUUAGGCGUUUGCGAUCCCUCUGUUGUACAUGUUGCGAUUACCCUUGACGUUGAAUACUUACGGGGUUCGAUCGCUGCUGUUCAUUCGAUUCUGCUGCAUUCAAAAUGUCCAGAAAAUGUCUUCUUUCAUUUUCUUGUUUCGGAGACCACUCUCGAAACCCUAGUCCGAUCCAUCUUCCCCAAAUUGAAUUUCGAAUCCUAUUAUUUCGAUCCGGAGAAGGUUCGCGGAUUGAUCUCCAGUUCUGUUAGACACGAACUAGAACAGCCGUUGAAUUACGCGAGAAAUUACUUGGCGGAUCUUCUGGAGCCUUGUGUCAGGCGGGUGAUUUACUUGGAUUCGGAUCUUGUACUGGUUGAUGAUAUUACGAAGCUUUGGAGUACAAGCUUGGGGAAGAAGACGAUCGGAGCACCCGAAUAUUGCCAUACAAACUUCACUAAAUACUUCACCGGAUAUUUCUGGUCGAAACCGCGAUUUUCCGGCUUGUUUUCGCGGCGGAACACCUGUUAUUUCAACACCGGAGUUAUGGUUAUAGAUCUAAGUAAAUGGCGGCGCUUCGGAUACACGCGGCGGAUAGAGAAGUGGAUGGAGAUACAGAAGACAAGCCCAAGCAGAAUUUACGAGCUCGGCUCGCUGCCACCGUUCUUGCUGGUUUUCGCUGGACACGUAGCCGCUAUCGAGCAUCGUUGGAAUCAACAUGGCUUGGGAGGCGAUAAUGUGAGAGGAAGUUGCCGUGACCUGCAUGCCGGUCCUGUGAGUCUGCUGCAUUGGAGCGGUUCCGGUAAGCCGUGGCUCCGGCUCGACUCCAAGCAGCCGUGCCCCCUGGACUCGUUGUGGGCCCCUUACGAUUUGUAUGGACACGGCUCCUAUUUUUUUCUUCUGUGAUUAUACUAUUACAAAUUACUGUCGCGAUUAGAGUGCCUCAGGCCACAUGUAUGUAUGUAUUAUUUGUACACUAAAAUAUUCUGAAAAUAAAAUGGAAUGAUUCUUUUC